GCCGGACCAAUCGGCGGCUGCCUUGGGCGUGUUCACCGGCUCUGCAGCGCUCCCUCCUUCUUCUUCUUCCUUGUGGCUCGAGCGGCGUGGGCUGAACGCUGUGUGUGUGUUUUGAGAGCAGUCAGCGGUUCAUUGUGCGACUAAGGCGACUUGUAGAGCUGAUUCAGAAUGGACUCCUCUUUGAGCGCCGCUCAGAUCCGUGAGAAGUUCAUCGACUUCUUCCGUCGCUAUGAGCACCAGUACGUCCACUCGUCCGCCGUCGUCCCGCUGGACGACCCCACGCUGCUCUUCGCCAACGCCGGCAUGAACCAGUUCAAACCCAUCUUCCUCAACACCAUCGACCCGUCCCACCCUAUGGCGAGGCUGCAUCGCGCCGCCAACACCCAGAAGUGUAUCCGUGCAGGAGGAAAACACAAUGACCUGGACGAUGUGGGUAAAGAUGUCUACCAUCACACCUUCUUCGAGAUGCUGGGCUCCUGGUCCUUUGGGGACUACUUCAAGCAACUGGCCUGUAAGAUGGCCCUGGAGCUGCUGACCCAGGAGUUCGGCAUCUCCAUCGACCGACUGUACGUAACCUACUUCGGGGGCAGCGAUGAAGCCGGUCUGGAGCCCGACCUGGAGUGCAAACAGAUCUGGAUCGACUUAGGCAUGGACGAGGCUCGCAUCCUGCCCGGCAGCAUGAAGGACAACUUCUGGGAGAUGGGCGACACGGGUCCCUGCGGCCCCUGCAGCGAGAUCCACUUCGACCGCAUCGGCGGCAGAGACGCCUCCCACCUGGUGAACAUGGACGACCCCAACGUCCUGGAGAUCUGGAACCUGGUGUUCAUCCAGUUCAACAGAGAGUCCGAGACGGAGCUGAAGCUGCUGCCCAAGAAGAGCAUCGACACCGGGAUGGGUCUGGAGCGUCUGGUGUCUGUGCUGCAGAACAAAAUGUCCAACUACGACACCGACCUCUUCAUCCCGUACUUUGAAGCCAUCGAGAAGGGAACUGGUGCUCGACCGUACACCGGUAAAGUAGGUGCCGAGGACGCCGACGGUAUCGACAUGGCUUACCGCGUGCUGGCCGACCACGCCCGCACCAUCACCAUCGCCCUAUCGGACGGUGGUCGACCCGACAACACAGGAAGAGGCUACGUGUUGAGGAGGAUCCUGCGUCGCGCAGUCCGUUACUCCCACGAGAAGCUUGGAGCUCAGAAGGGCUUCUUCGCCUCCCUGGUGGACGUGGUGGUCACUUCCCUGGGCGACGCUUUCCCGGAGCUGAAGAAAGACCCCGAGAUGGUGAAGGACAUUGUCAACGAGGAGGAGGAGCAGUUCCUCAAAACCCUCAGCAGGGGGCGCCGCAUCCUCGACCGGAAGAUCAUGAGUCUGGGAGAAAGCAAGACCAUCCCAGGUGACACAGCAUGGCUGCUGUACGACACGUACGGCUUCCCCCUGGACCUGACCUCGCUCAUCGCCGAGGAGAAGGGCAUGGCCGUGGACCUGGCGUCCUUUGAGGAGGAGAAGAAGGCGGCACAGUUGAAGUCCCAGGGUAAAGGCGCAGGCGACCAGGACCACAUCAUGUUGGACAUCUACGCCAUCGACGAGCUGAGGAACAAGAAGACGCCCGCCACCGACGACGCCCCCAAAUACAAAUACACCUCGAACGAAAGCGGCAAAUACGCCUUUCAGCAGACCUCGGCCACCGUGCUGGCCCUGCGCCGCGACCGCGCCUUCUGCGACGAGGUGACCACGGGUCAACAGUGCGGCGUGCUGCUGGACCAGACGUCCUUCUACGCUGAGCAAGGCGGGCAGACGUUCGACGAGGGCUUCAUGCUGCGGGAGGACGACAACACGGAGGACCGGAUGGAGUUCACGGUGAAGAACACGCAGGUCCGAGGAGGUUACGUCCUGCACGUGGGGACAGUCUACGGGACGUUGAAGGUCGGAGACCGCGUCACUUUGCACGUAGACGAGGCUCGUCGCAGGACCAUCAUGAGCAACCACACCGCCACACACAUCUUGAACUUCGCCCUGCGCGGAGUCCUGGGGGAGGCAGACCAGAGGGGUUCCCUGGUCGCCCCCGACCGCCUGCGCUUCGACUUCACCGCCAAGGGCGCCCUCAGCACAGGGGAGGUCCGACGGACGGAGGAGAUCGCCUGUGCCAUGAUCAGAGAGGCUAAGCCGGUGUACGCCAUGGACACCCCCCUCGCAGAGGCCAAGGCGAUUCAAGGUCUGCGCGCCGUGUUCGACGAGACCUACCCCGACCCCGUGCGAGUCGUGUCCAUCGGCUGCCCCGUCCAGGACCUGCUGGACGACCCCAGCAGCACCGCCGGCUCCCUCACCUCCAUCGAGUUCUGUGGUGGAACCCAUCUGCAGAACUCGGGCCAUGCCGCGCCAUUUGUCAUCGUCUCGGAAGAGGCCAUCGCUAAGGGCAUCCGCCGCAUCGUUGCCGUGACGGGAACAGAGGCCCAGAAGGCCCAGAGGAAAGCCGACGCCCUGCUACAGUCGCUGUCUGCACUGGGCGACAAGGUGAAGCAGCAGACGGCCCCGAACAAGGACGUACAGAAGGAGGUCGCAGACAUGACGGAGUCGAUAGGCACGGCAGUGAUCUCCCAGUGGCAGAAGGACGAGAUGAGGGAAACCCUGAAGGGCCUGAAGAAGACCAUGGACGACUUGGAUCGCAACCACAAGGCCGACAUCCAGAAGAGAGUCCUGGAGAAGACCAAGGAGCUGAUCGACAGCAGCCCCAACCAGCAGCUGCUCGUCAUGGACAUGGAGACCGGCGCCUCAGCCAAGGCUCUGAAUGAGUCGCUCAAGCUGCUGAAGUCUCACUCCCCUCAGACCGCCGCCAUGCUCUUCACCGUCGACCCCGACGCCGGCAAGAUCACCUGCCUGUGUCAAGUCCCACAGGACGUGGCCACCCGCGGCCUGAAGGCCAACGAGUGGGUCCAGGAGUUGUGUCCCCUGAUGGACGGCAAAGGAGGCGGCAAGGACAUGUCGGCCCAGGCCACGGGCCGGAACACGCAGUGUCUGCAGAAGGCGCUGGAGAUGGCCAACGAGUUCGCACGGCUCAAACUGGGAGAAAACUAAAGAGGAGAGAAGUCCUGAGUCUUAACCGAGUUAGAAAUUGUCAAACAUCCUUCCCCCCUUCUCCCUCCCUCCCUUCCCUCCGUCCUUCUCUCCUCGUCUCUUCUCCUUUUGGCUCAUAAAAGAUUUAGGAAAACAAACACAACUCCCGGGUGUCUCACUCCGGCCAAAAUUGACUUAUGACCACUGACACUCAGCUAUAGCGACAACUGAGCUACUCAUAUAUUUAUAGAGAGAAUCACUGCUGACAAGUAAACCUCAUCUCGGCUUGAAUAUAUAUAUAUACUGUAUAUAUAAGCAGAUCCUCUCAUGCACUUGAGUGGUCGGGAGAUGGAGAAUGAUUUGAGAAAUACAUUUUUAAAGCGCGUGUCCAUGUCCAUCAUUGCAUGUUUUGUGCACAGGGGAAGAGAUUAUGAUUUUUGCCUCCUGCAGUUACUGUACAGCUCAGACGAAGCAACAAACAACUGUUUCCACCUCAGGCGUCUGUUCAUCCUCCCCGUUUGUGUUUCAUCUCAGCGUCGCCCUCAUCAUGUAGAAACAAUCCUUCUAAGCUUGUUUGGGGCUUUUUUAAAACUUCCUCCACCACUAAAGCUCAGCCAACGACAGAGAAGUCUGCCCAGCACUUACAUGGUUAACGUACGGUUUACAUCCGUCCAUCCGGUGCGAGUUUCUCUCCUGCGAUUGGUUGAACUUGAGUCGUAAAAAACGCAGUAGCUGUAUCAUAGUCUUGCUUUUCAAAUAACAGGUUUAAUUUAGUAAAAUGCAUUAACUGUAUAAAAACGAUCAGGAACGUGUCCAAUAAUGUUUAACUUGACAUUUACUAUUGAUUCCAUGCAGAUUGUUGUUGAAAAAAAUUCCUGUUUUCACCGUCGCUGUUCCAUCUCAGAGAAAUGUCACAUUAUGGGAAUGGAAUAAAUACAACUGGUACAUUUCA